UCUGUCAUUAGUUUAUCAGUAGGGCGAGGGUAGAAGUUAUUUGAAUUCGAAAAUAUACAUUUUACAUAAAAUGGCUAAAAAUACUUCUAAUUCGGCAUUCAGAAAGAUUGAUGUUGAUCAGUAUUCCGAAGACAAUUUUAAAGAAGAUGAGACUGAUUCUGGAGUUUCGGCAGGAGCAGAUGAAAACGAAGUCAAUGGAUUUCUUCAAAAAGGAAAAAUGUUGGAUGCUUUAAAAGUAGUAUUGAAUUGUGCUCCAACGAGCAUAAAGAACCAACAAAUUAAGGAGAGUUCCCUCAAUUUGGCACUCAAGGUUCUCCUGGCAGUGAAACCUUCUCAGAUAGAUGAAAUUAUAGAUUCACUGAACAUGGAUUACUUGGAUGUCUUGAUGAAAUAUGUGUAUAAAGGCUUUGAAUAUCCCUCCGAAGGAAGUAGCGGACAAUUACUGCUCUGGCAUGAAAAAAUAUAUAACGUUGGUGGAGUCGGGUGCAUUGUAAGAGUUCUGGCUGAUACCAAAAGAGUGUAAAAUAUUUUUUGAUUAAAUUAAUCUAUUUCUAAGCUGAAAA